CUCUCUCUCUCUCUCUCUCUCUCUCGCGAAACACACAAACACACCGGCCAUCAUAAACACGCAAACAGAUACAUAAAGCAAACAGUAUAUUAAGUUCACACACAGACAUUUGUGAAGAAAGAAAGAGGAAGGUUUCUCAUUUUCGCCCAAAAGCUGAUUUGUCUUUUGGCUGCAGCCACCUACGUCUGCGUCUCUCUGGAUCUCUCCGUAUCUCCUCAACCCUCAGUUAUCUCUUCAUGGUUUGUCUCUUGGCCAAUGAUGACUCAGAAAUCGAAUACCAUGAGGAGUAUAUAGAGAACUCUCGUGGAAUGAAGCUGAUGACUUGCAGAUGGGUUUCUGGGAAGGAAAGGUCGAAGGCUUUGAUCUUCUUGUGCCAUGGUUACGCCAUGGAAUGCAGCGUCACCAUGAACAGCGCAGGAAGAAGGCUGGCGAAGGCAGGAUUUGAAGUGUAUGGGAUGGAUUAUGAAGGGCAUGGGAAAUCAGAAGGGCUGCCUGGUUUUGUGAGCAAUUUCGACGACGUUAUCGCCGAUUGCUCUAACUAUUUCUCCUCUAUUUGUGAGAAGGAAGAGAAUAAGAAGAAGAUGAGGUACUUGGUAGGGGAAUCCAUGGGAGGAGCCGUGGCUCUCUUACUGGACAGGCAAAAGCCUCACUUCUGGGAUGGUGCCAUUUUGGUUGCCCCCAUGUGUAAGAUAGUGGAUGAAAUGAAGCCGAGCCCACUAGUGAUCAACAUGUUGACAGCACUAAGCAGGAUCAUUCCCAAGUGGAAAUUAAUACCAACCAAGGAUAUAAUUGACAUUGCCUUCAAGCAGCCCCAAGUUAGAGAACAGAUUAAAAAUAACCCAUUGUGCUAUAAAGGACGGCCUAGAUUGAAAACUGGAUACGAACUUUACAGAAUUAGUGUACAACUGGAGCGAACAUUACAGGAGGUGUCACUACCGUUCUUGGUUCUACACGGUGAAGAUGACAAAGUGACAGAUAAAUCAGUAAGCAUUCAGCUGCAUAAGGUGGCUUCAAGCAAAGAUAAGACACUAAAGUUGUAUCCCGGAAUGUGGCAUGGCCUCCUCAUCGGAGAGCCGCCGGAGAACUUGAACAUCAUUUACAAAGACAUUGUCGAUUGGCUUGAUGAUAAAUGCAAGUAUGGAAGUAUCAGAUUGGAAAGAGAGCUUAAAAACCAAAACGAGGACAAUCCAACAAUUGAGGCUUAGACAACACACUAAGCUUGUAUUUUAAUGUCCUAUCUACAUUCGUGUUGUUACUGGUUUAUAUGUACCUACCAAAUUACAAACUAUUGGGUGUCUAUAUAUUCGGUUGGUAGAGAAUCAAUCAAUGUUUGGAACCUUAA